CAAAACGUAUUGCAAACUUUUGAAUCAGAAUCACGAAAUGUUGCCGAAAAAUUACCCAAACCCAAACAACACUCAGAAAAUAGGACAGAACGGAAAUCUCGCCCCAAAUAUUACAAGAAGUCCAAGCCCAAAUCCAGAUUUGAAGUUGAAAGGUGCCAGUGUAGUGCAGCCACUUCCACCUCCUCCACCUCCGGAUCCUAUAACAACAACAGUUCCUGGGGCAAAAACACCACUUCAAAAUAAAAUGCUCUCGGUUAAUUCCGGGCAGAUGCCGAAUUAUCCAAUGAGUGGAGUGAAACCAAGUACAACUCCAAACUUGGCUAAUCCAUUUCCAAAUGUGAAUUCUGUUCCAGUUCAAAAUCCGAAUCCUAAUCAGAUUCCACCUGCACCGAGACCCAUUGUGAACCAAAUCCAGUAUCCAAAACCAACGAACCCGGUACAAAAUCCAAACAAACUCUCGACAGGUCUUCCACCAAUGACAAUGAUGCUUCCACCAACAGUUCAAGAGCCUCUACCAACACCUGUCAAAACACCACCAUUGCCAAGACCUCCGGGAAAUUUGAAUCCGGUACAGCAGCCACAGAUACCUGUGCAAAGAACUCCUCCACAAUGUCCACCACCCCCGGUACCGCAUCCACCUCAAAUAACUCAGAUGGCACCGAUUCUUCCGACGUCUCCAGCUCCUCCUCCACCAAUUCCCCAUCCACCGCAAAGAGCACAAAUGAAUUGUCUGCCUCUUCCACAAACAUUUCAACCACUCCCACAUCCUCCAGUUCCACAACAACUUAAUCAACGUGGUUCAGGACAAGCAAUGUGUGUCCCUGUUGCUGCUCCGUUACCUGCAAUCAUUAAUCCAAUAACACAACACAAUCCAGUACAGCCUCCUCUAAUUCCAUCCAGUGAUCCAUUUGGUCCAACUGUUGUUCCACCAGCUGAUGGAUCGAUUAAGUUGAAAAAGAAGAAAAGUGUGACCUGUGAUGAAGCCGAAUUCUCCGGUAAAAAAAAGAAGGAAAUUAUAAAUGCGUGGAUUCGUCAUGUUUUGUCCAUAGGAAUUGAAGGAUUGAAGAAGGAAUAUCAAGAUAGUCCAAAUGGGGGAUCCAUCAGAAGCGCGCAAGUUUUUGUGGCCAAUCCGACUCGGAAUCGGUACACUAAUAUUCCAUGUUGUGAUGCUACUCGAGUAAAAAUAGACGAUGAUCCGGAUUUUUAUAUUCAUGCGAAUAUUGUCAGCUCAGCAAAAUACCGACGCAUAAUAUGUGCUCAAGCUCCUCUAAAAGGAACAAUUGAAGAGUUUUGGAGAAUGAUUUUGAGUUCUGGAGUGGAAUAUAUUGUGAUGCUCUGUGAAAUUAUUGAGCUUGGAAAAGAAAAGAGUGCCAAUUAUUUUCCAUCAAAACUAGGACAGGCAAUGAGAAUUGGAAAGUUUUGUAAUAUCACAAAAGUCCAACACGAUGACAUCGACAAGGUUAUAUCAAUGUCGCUGCUAAGAAUUACAAGAGAAGGGCAAGAACCUGUAUUUGUUAAGCAUGUUCAUUGGCACAAUUGGCCUGACCACGGAGUACCGGAGAGUUAUAUGUCACCAUUACAUCUUCUUAAUAUCUUCAGGAGUCACCAAAAGCCCAUAUUGAUUCAUUGCUCAGCUGGUGUUGGUCGAACUGGAACUCUUGCUCUCAUACUAAUUGCCCUCCAGACUCUUCGUUCAGUUGAUUUCUCUGGUAUUCGUCCACUUUUCACAAGACUCCGUGAAGAACGAUUCAAAGCAAUUCAAACGGAAAUGCAAUAUUUAUUUGUUCAUCGUUGUGUAUUGGAGUAUUUGGUUCAAAAGAAAUACAACGUCAAUCGAGAUGACUAUACAAAGUUUCUCAAGGAGUACAAAGUGGCAGAGAAGAUUUCAUCAGGAAAUAAGAACUAUUUGGAUACUGCUGUAGAUUUGUUCAAAAAAUGAAGUUUUCUCAAUUUUC